GCGUAAUUGUAGAAUUGUUUUUCUUUUUCUUUUUUUUUUUUUUUUGGUUCGAGGCAUAGAGACAAAGGAAGAAAUACAUUAAUGGCGAGCUCUUAUACAAAGAAGAGGAUCUUGAAUGAAUGAGUGAAUAUACUGUCAAGACCCAAUCUUGCACUGUUAGGUUUUUCUCUUAGUUGAGUAUCAUAUUCGGUUGACGGAUUGUACAAUGAUUAAGGCCUUAUAUAUAUACUGAGAAUAUGAGAGGGGAAUGAUUUGGACAUAUAUUGUUUAGAAUUAUUUUUUCUAACAUAGAAAUACCAUUAGAUUUGAAUUGUCAAUGGCUCCUGGAGGCAGCACUUUCAAGGAAGUUCUUGAGUCCCACAGUACAAUAUCAGAUUAUGAUGUAGCAAUAAAAUCAGAAUCUACUAGCACAGUUACAAAGACAGCCUCUGGUUUGGGUGGCAAAAAUGGAGUUUAUUCAACUAAUGGUGUGCAUGAGUUACUUGAAUGCCCAGUUUGCACAAGUUUGAUGUAUCCCCCAAUUCAUCAGUGCCCAAAUGGCCACACUUUAUGCUCAAACUGCAAGGUUAGAGUGCAUAAUUGCUGCCCAACUUGCCGCUAUGAUCUUGGAAAUAUAAGGUGUUUGGCUUUGGAAAAAGUUGCUGAAUCAUUAGAACUUCCUUGCACAUACCAGAGUUUUGGUUGCCAUGAUAUUUUUCCAUACUAUAGCAAGCUCAAGCAUGAACAACAUUGUCGAUUCCGUCCAUACAAUUGUCCUUAUGCAGGAUCUGAGUGCUCAAUAACUGGUGACAUCCCAACCCUUGUUGCACAUCUAAAGGAUGAUCACAAGGUCGAUAUGCAUGAUGGUUGUACUUUUAAUCAUCGAUAUGUCAAAUCAAAUCCACACGAAGUUGAAAAUGCAACGUGGAUGCUGACGGUAUUUAAUUGUUUCGGAAGACAAUUCUGUUUGCACUUUGAGGCUUUUCAGCUUGGUAUGGCUCCAGUCUACAUGGCCUUCUUACGAUUCAUGGGUGAUGACAAUGAUUCCAAGAAAUUCAGUUACAGUUUGGAAGUUGGUGCGAAUGGACGGAAGCUUAUAUGGCAAGGAAUUCCUAGGAGCAUUCGUGACAGUCACAGGAAAGUCCGUGACAGCCAGGAUGGCCUGAUUAUUCAGAGGAAUUUGGCUCUGUAUUUCUCUGGUGGAGAUAGGCAAGAACUAAAGUUAAGGGUCACGGGCCGCAUAUGGAAAGAGGAGUGAGCUGAGCUCUUUGCAAGGUUACGUGUACAGUUAAUUGAUAUCGUGGGAGAUUCGCUAGGGUUUUCUCAAUUGAGUUUGCUUUCGUGCUCAGGCAUCUGUUUUGGGUAGUUGGAAAAUUGAAAGUGAGGGAAAGGAAAUUCAAAUUGAUCACUUGGGAUUGGAUUGGAUAGGGAAUUCAGCAGAAUACGUGUUGUUACACUAGUUAUUUGUAGGUCUUUCUUCACCUUCAAGACACAUGAACUUGUCUUUAGCUCUCACAUUGUGUGUCUUGAGGGACCUGUGUAAUACCUAUGAUUUGCUUUUGUAUGGUGUGGUCAGUCAUCAAAUCCUUUGGCCAAGAAAUUGACAGAAUUCUAUGGAAUAGGGUUCCUUACCCUUUUUGUCAGUAAAAUUUAUGAAACUUUCCUUUUUAAAAAAAGAA